UGCAAACUCAUUACGCACAUUUGCAUAUAUUUAAACACAUCGGCAUGUUUACACAUCCUCCUUACAAUUCUUUUGAUCUGUCACCAGACGUUUUCUAAUGUUACCAUGAAAAACGACCCUGACCAAGUCACGCAGCUCGCAUAAAAAAAUCACUAACUAUUUACUUACAUGUAAGUUACGUUGACUUAUUGGUGUUGAGACUGUGUGUCCAAACCAAAGGUCUAGCGUUAGCUACAUCGUAUUGCUAAGCCAAUGUUAGCGUUAGCUGCAAACACAAGGUCAUGGCGCCCGGGAAAAAGAAUCACAAAAAUACCAGUUUCUUUGAGACAAUAUAGUACAAUUCAACACGUUCCCAUUGACAAACUGCAUUCAUAUGAGCCCAUGGCAGACCACUGUAACAUUUACUUCCUACGCAACACAUCUGCCUUCCCGAAUCUGAUGCUAGAAGCUAACGACAGCAAGCCGCUGACAAGUCAGGCUUACUGUAAAAUGGUUUUACAUGCUGCCAAGUAUCCUCACUGCGCCGUGAAUGGAUUGCUGGUGGCAGAAAAAACGAAGGAGAAAAAGAAAGACAGCCACAGUGAACCAGUCCUGUGUGUGGACUGUGUGCCGCUGUUUCACGGUACUCUAGCUCUGGCACCGAUGCUAGAAGUAGCAUUAACACUGAUCGAUACUUGGUGUAAAGAAAAUAAUUAUGUGAUUGCUGGAUAUUAUCAAGCCAAUGAACGCACAAAGGAUUCAAGACCCAACCAAGUUGCAGAAAAAGUGGCUGCCAGGAUUUCUGAGAACUUCAGUGAAGCAGCAAUUAUUAUGGUGGACAACAGUAGAUUAACAAUAAGCUGUUUUGAGCCCAUUGUGCUAAUCUAUGAUCAUCAUGAAAACAAGUGGAAAAGCAGAGAAGUAACUUUUGACUGUUUUGAGGACUGGAGCGAAGCACAGAAGAUCACAUCUGCUCUGCUCGAGGGAAGGUCCUACGAGAACUUGAUUGACUUUGACAACCACUUGGAUGAUCUAAGGAACGACUGGACCAACCCUGUGAUCAACAAGUCCGUCCUGGAUCUGUGCUAAGACCCUCAGUCAGGAGUGCCCUGGACAUGCACACAAAUAUUGCUGCCAUUUCAGCAUGCGUGAUGCUACUUAUCAUGUAGCACAGGAGUACAAAAAUGCUGAACUCGUAGUCUUUGUUCCUUCAAAAGACUCCCGUACUGACGGGAACUUGCGGAGCACUGACCAGCUAGGCCAAAAUCUCAAGGGCAAGCGCCAUAUGUGCACUGUAGGCAUGUGUUCACCUUUACAAGGUGAUACUGAGGUGAUGAAGGCAAAUAUGUUUUUGAAUGCAACUUAAAUGUUUUUUCUGCAAUGGUUUGUGUUUAUUCUUAGUUGUGUGCAUAAAGUUCAAUUCUAGAGUAUUUGAUCUAUUUUUUUCAUCUUAAAUUUUACAGCCAGUAGCCAUAUAGCGAUCAAGUUCUAAAUGCUAAAAAAAAAUUUAGACGAUGAUUGUACUACUGAGAUAUGAUAUAUGUUCUUUAUUAAAUUUCUAGUUUGUUUUAAGCCCUGAAACAAAAUUCACACGUAGAACUGUAGUCUGAAGAUGUUUGAGGGCAGUUUAAUUCAAAAACACUCAAAAAAAAUGUAUCGCUGACAUUGAACCAGAGAGACUUUUUAAGGUUUUGUCUCAACAGGCUAUAUGUCACAUGCCAACUCGAGUCCUGUAGAUGCACCAGCAACGAUAACGGGAUUAUUGACUCAAGAGCUUUGACUUUUAAAUAAUUGAUGCUUACACAAACAUUUCUGUGAUGCACAUGCACACUGUUAUUGUCACUGGUGCGCUUCAGAAUGUCAUUCUGGGUGAUAUACAUCUUGGAGUAUUGGCCUUUGAUUGUUGCUCUGGAGGAUUUGUUCAGAAAUACAAUACACUGAAUCAGAUCACAGUAAUGCGUGAAUUUUGUUUUAUGUUGGAUAUGUAUUUUAAGAAUUAGGUAAUAGUAUUUAUUUCUACUUAAAUGAUGACUAAAUCCUACUAUUUAAUCAUGCUAAAAAUUUAAAUAUUUAAUGUGAGGAUGCAGAACUACCUUUUUGUAUUUGAGAUUAGAAUUAAUCGAUAAGAGCUAAUUACUUAAAUAAUUGUGUGGACGUUACAUUUUUUUACAGAAAUUUUAUGAACUGAAUGUACAAUGAAACCAACUUUUGAAAUUA